AUGAACUUCGGAAAAUUUGUUUCAUCAUUAUCACUAGUUUUAAUUUUAUAUUCAAUUGUUGAAUUAGCCUUUGCAAAUGCAGAUGAAAAAGCCAAAAAAUUCCCAGGUAAACAUGUCUCAACAUCAAGUGUAAAUCAUCCUCAAGGUAAUGCUUCCAUGAAGGACUCUAUAGAUAGAAUGUCAUCUGACUCACAACAUGCUUUAGAAGAAAUAAAAGUAAUAUCAAACCUCUUAGAUAAAAAAACAUCAAUUAACAGAAACCUUAUCAUUGGUACAGCAGCAACUAACAUUGCUUUGUUAUUAUUAUUAUCUGGUUUAAUGGGAUAUAAUACAAAAAGAUUAAAUGCUGAUGAUGAAGGCAAAGAAAAAUCAGGAAGAAAGAAAGAUAACAAAGGUGAUAGUCCAAAAGAAACAGAAGAAGAUCACUAA